AUGGCCAUGGACAUUACUAUUCUACACUUCAACGAUGUCUAUCACAUCGCCGACUCCGAACUGGUCGCAAAAUUUGCUUCCGUGCUCGCAGACCCUAGUCAUGUCACUGGCGAUGAUAGCUCUUCGAGUGGUCCCGUCUUGCGCGUCUUCAGCGGGGAUGCCUUCUCGCCGUCCUUGGAAGCGGCCGUUUUGCGCGGAGACCACAUGGCGCCGCUUCUGAACGGUCUGGAUAUCGACGUAGCCUGCUACGGAAAUCACGACUUUGACUUUGGCGAGCAUCGGCUUAUGGAACUCACCAGCCAGAUUACCUUCCCCUGGACCCUUGCCAACGUAGUUGCGCCGACACAAGACGCCGACGGGGGAGGUCGCCUUCUGGCUGGUGCCCACGAAUAUGUGAUCAAGAAUGUAGCUGGACAAAAGCUGGGAUUCUUUGGUCUCGCUGGCAGUGACUGGCCGUCCAAUUGCCAGCAUCUGCCCGAAUGCACAAUUUCAAACCCUGCCGCAGUCGCCAAACGAAUAGCUACGCACCUGCGGCUGGCAGAAAAGUGUAGCAUCGUAAUAGCUGUGACUCACAUGCGUCUGAUAGAAGAUAUCGAAACUCUCAAAGAGACGUUAUCUGGUCCAGAGAAGAUAGAUUUGAUACUCGGAGGCCAUGACCACUAUGUUGUGCGCCGGGAUCCCUCGGACACCAAUCCAAAUCCUGAAGUAAUUCAAUCAGGCAUUGAUCUCGAAGGAGUUGCAAUGACCGAAUGCGAUGGCAAUUUCCGAAUCAUCAAAAGUGGUACCGACUGGAGAGGGCUUUCUAUCCUUCGACUGCGACUUGGUGGCAAGGAUAAAGGCGAGCCAGCGAUACUCGGCAUCUCCUUGCGGCAAAUCGAAAAUCUGAAAAAUCUCUCGAAUUAUAGCCACAUUCCAGCAUCUCGGGCGAUAUUGGACAUUCUGCGAACAACUCACAGCAAGAUUGAACAGGUCGUCACACAGCCGCUGUUUCACACCACAUCACCACUUGACGGAAGAGCACACAUAAUUCGAAGCCAAGAAACAAACCUAGGGAAUAUGUUGGCUGAUGCCGUAAGAGCGUUCUACGACACUGACAUUGGCUUCGUCAAUAGCGGCGCCGUACGUUGCGAUCGAAUCGUAGAGUGCGAUAACGGCGCGCCUCUUUGUGUCCGUGACGUCAUUGAGAUUAGCCCCUUUGAUAACGCCUUUGUUGUGAAGCGAGUCAAUGGGAAAGUACUAUUGCAGGCACUGGAAAAUUCUGUUUCAGACGCCCACACGGACGGAAGAUUUUUACAGCUCUGUGGUUUGAGCAUGAAGCUGGACUGGAGGCGACCGGAAGGCUCCCGAGUCAGCGAGGUAACUUUUUAUCCGCGUGGUGAGAAAGCUCGGCCUCUGGGUCUGGAUUGCUUGUAUACAGUGACUAUGGUGGACUUUAUCGGCUCUGGUUUUGACGGAUAUACCUGUUUCCGGGAUUGCGAGACCCUGGUCGAUGCAGAGGGCGCCAUUACGGACACCAAUAUGCUGCUUGAGAUAUUCAAAAUGAGCAAGGAUGAUGCAAAUGAGUCUGGGAUUGCAGACCAGCAUGAAGAAGGAAUACGGAGGGCAAGGGCGGCGGUGAUUUCUGGCUACCAUAGCGAUGAUGGCCUUCCCAUUGUCAGCCCCGUCCUAGAGAAUCGGAUCAGGACUCUGCAUGAGGCCAAUCCUGAAUUCAGAUCUGACAAUAGAACUAGUAGACGAGAAGUAUGA